UUUCACCUCAUAACCGUGCGCCGUCCGGAUCUAAUUUUUCAGAAAAAUUUGCGUAGGCAGCGCUGCGUACGAUAGGAGAACAGAUGCCACAGAGGACGAGAAGCCAAUAGCAGAAGCCAUCUGGGCUCCGCCGAGGAGGAGCGCGCAGGAGCAGAAGCCGUCUCUGCUCCACUGUGGCAGAAGAGAGAACGAAAGAAGCAAUAUUCAACCGCGCCGGAGGUUUUCUUUUGACUCCAAACUGUCGCCAUCUUCGAGAGCGGAGAACUAGCAGCCCUGCUAUGCUCAGAUCGAUGGACAAGAGGCCGCUGCUGCUGCUUUGCUCAUCAGAAGUCAGUUAUAUAUCCGCAGCAAAUGAGAUUAGCGGCUGCAUGGACUGAAGAGCUUUGAUUAUUUGCGGUUCAAUGACUGUAUAGCUAUAAUAUUUCCAGCAAUAACAACAAUGGAGUUGCCAAAGAACGUCAAAAGAAGAGUGGCUUUUGUGUUAAUUGAUGGAGUAGGCGAUGUAUCCUUACCUGGAUUUCAUUUUCAAAGCACCUUAGAAGUAGCCAACACCCCAAAUUUAGAUGCAAUUGCUUCAGCUGGAGUAAAUGGGCUUAUGGAUCCUGUAGAGGCUGGUUUUGCUUGUGGCAGUGAUACUGCCCAUCUUUCUUUGUUGGGAUAUGACCCUAGAAUUUAUUAUCGAGGACGAGGUGCUUUUGAGUCAAUGGGUGCUGGAUUGGCCAUGUUGCCGGGUGACAUAGCUUUCAAGUCAAAUUUUGCUACCAUGGAUCAUAAUACUGGAAUUGUGACACAUAGAAGGGCUGAUCGGCAUUUUGAAGAAGAUGGUCCAAUUUUAUGUGCAGCAUUGGAUGGAAUGAAGCUUCCAUCUUAUCCUGAAUAUGAAAUUAGAGUCAGAUAUGCCACAGAACAUAGAUGUGGUAUUGUGGUGAAGGGACCAAAACUGAGUGGAAAUAUAUCUGGAACCGACCCAUUGAAAGACAACCGCUUGCUUCUUAAAGCUGAGGCUCUUGAUGAUACUGAAGAAGCGAAAAACACAGCUUCUAUUAUAAAUGAUCUUUCCAAGGAGAUAUCACGAAUUUUAGUAUCUCAUCCUUUAAAUUCAAAGCGGUCAAGAGAAGGGAAGAACAUAGCAAAUGUUGUGCUCUUGAGAGGUUGUGGAAUUCGAAUUGAGGUUGAUUCCUUCGAGAAAAAACAUGGUCUGAGGCCCUGCAUGGUUGCUCCCACCAAAAUUAUAGCAGGACUGGGUCUAUCACUAGGUAUUGACAUUCUUGAAGCUCCAGGGGCCACUGGAGAUUACCGAACACUGCUAACUUCUAAAGCUACUGCAAUAGCCAAGGCGCUUUCUGCACCAUUACAGCCAUGUCCAUCAAUUUUUGUGCCUGGAGAGGAUGACCAUAAACCAGGACCAAUAGAUGGCUAUGACUUUGGCUUCCUUCAUAUCAAGGCAAUUGACGAUGCCGGGCAUGAUAAAGCCAGCAUUUUAAAAGUCCGCGCCAUAGAAUCUGUGGACAAAGCAAUUUCUCAGUUGGCAAAGCUCCUCUGGCAAGUUGAGAAAUCUUCAAACUUUGAAUAUUACUUGUGUGUUACUGGGGAUCACUCUACUCCUGUGGAGUACGGCGAUCACAGCUUUGAACCCGUACCAUUUUCGCUAUGUAAGUUGAGAGAUUUUAUCAGCACGAGAAGGGAGUCUAUUGUGAUGUCCACCCCACUGGAGUCCUUCCCCAUUCCAUCUGUGAAGGCUGGUGAAGAUCUUAGAAAUGACAUUCCAGUGCUUGAGAAGAGUGGUGAAAGAUGUACAGCAUUUGGUGGUGAUUCUGUGAGUGUGUUCAGUGAGAUUGCAGCAGCUAGAGGAUGCCUUGGUCGAUUUCCAGGUAGUGAGAUGAUGAUGAUCAUAAAAAAGUUUAUCAAGCUGAAGAAUGAGUAGUUUGGUUCCGUUUCCUAACUAAUUGAGGACUAGGUUUUUGAAAUAUUCUUCUAAUAUAUAAAUAUAGGGGCGUAUACAUACAUAUCACAAAAUCACCUGAA